AUGGCCAAUGUAAAGAUCGUCUCCCCAGCCGAAUACCUCCCCCUCCGGCUGUCGCUGCUCGAGGCUGAGAAGGAAAACACCCGCGCGCGCGACGAACUGGCGCGCCGACGCCGCGCCCUCCCCGUCGUCGAGGUCACCACGCCGUACACCUUCACCGACGCGGCGGGCAACAAAGUGACGCUGGCGGACCUGUUCGACGGCCGGCCCCAACUGAUCAUCUACCACUUCAUGUUCAGCCCGGACUGGGACGCCGGCUGCGCGAGCUGUUCCGUGUUCGCCGACUCGAUCCCGGACCUGCGCCACCUGCACGGCCACUCGACGACGUUCGUGGCCGUGAGUCGCGCCCCCAUCGACAAGAUCAACGCGUACAAGGCUCGCAUGGGCUGGACUUUCCCCUGGGUGAGCUCCUUCGGGAGCAGCUUCAACUACGACUUUGGCGCCACGCAGGACGAGGCCGUCGCGCCCGUCAAGUACAACUUCAAGACCAAGGACGAGCUGGAGGCUCGUGGCAUGGGCUACUUUGCGCGCGGCGAACAGCCUGGCCAUUCCGUGUUCAUCCGCGGCGGCAGUGGCAGCGGGGCCUCUGGCGUGGGUGAGGAGGGCAAGGUAUAUCAUAGUUAUAGCAGCUACGCGAGGGGUGGCGAGCCCAUCAUCAACACGUUCACCUGGUUGGACAUGACGCCCCUGGGGAGGCAGGAUGGUGUGAGUGGCGUGGAAGGCCUAGGAUUUAAGCGUCAUGAUGAGUACACGGUGGAAGAUCUCAAAGGGUUGCCCGUGCAGAAGGUCGGUGCGUGA